UCACUCGUGUGCGCGCUGCUAUAAACACUCGAACGGCGUGGAGACAGUUUCGUCACGAGUUGGCCUACAUAAUUGUCACCGAGUUGUCACGUCGUAGCAUUUGCGUAUCUUCUAUAUUCUCCUUAAAUAUCCACGAACUUGAUAAGACUGACGAACAGUCACGGUGACAAAAGUAACCAAUGCGCGCUAUCUCUUAUUUAGCAAACUAAUUUUGACACAUAUUUAAAAAUGGAAAUCACAUAGAAAUGUAAAAUUCUUGUCAUGUCCCAGAGAUUCAUUUGUAGCUCAAUAAAAUUUUUGAUGUUACGUUAAGUUUAUAUUUUCAUGAGUGUAAAUGUGAUGGAACCUCAAGUAAAAACUGAUGAAGAAUAUCCCUUACUACGAGUAGAAGCGGGAGCAGGUGACACUAAGACCCGAAAUACUAUUCCACCCGCCAUUAUGACGACGGGCUGGAAUGUUACCUGUACACCGAAGCAGUCAUGGUGUACUCGUUGGCCAGAAUAUGUUUCAGCUUUAUGGAUGACUUUUAUUUUAUUAGCUGUUUCAUUUUUAGUAUUUUAUGCUUUAGGGAUGAGUGCUUAUAGACGACAACCUAUUGUUAUUGUAAGAUCUAAUGAUACAAAUACUAAACAGGGCAGCGAUGUCUUCUAUCAUCAUAUUAUAGCACGAAGUGCAUAUGUACCGUUUACAUUAUUUUCUGAUUAUCUGUCCUUCAUGGCAACACAGUACCCGUUUUUGCGCUUCAAUGUAUAUUUUUUAAUCGACGAUUCAUGGCACACAAAGUAUCCUCACCCUAUAUUUUUAAAUAGGCUAGUACCACAUCUAAGUAAUUCUUUUAAAACGGCUUUUAAUCAAAAUCAUCAAAAAGAUAUACGGGUCUUCCAAAAAAGAUAUCAAAAUGUGAAAAUUAAUGUAAUGUAUUUGAGCAAGUACAUGGCGAUGACACCCUUAAGAUUUAAAUGGAAAAUGAUUCCUCAAAGCUAUUUAUCCUUUUAUGCUAGAAUAUACGAAAUUUGGCAAAAUGGCGGCAUUGGCUUCGAUCUUGUAACGUUUAAUGAUAAUUUUAAUAUUAAUAAGAGAUUAGAUCAAAGGAUUGACACGAUUUUGAAGCAACAUAGCAAUGGUUUUGAUGUAGGCAAGUAUGAAGACGUUUUGGAUUCCUUAGACAAUGAAGAGCAGAAUGAUUUAUUUUCCAUGUUCUUCAAUUUAAUGAAUAACAUCUUAAACGAAACCCGUUUAUUUUUAAAUACAGAUUUUACGGGUAAUGCGACGCCUGUUAAUAAAAACCUUAUAGAAAACACACGUAGAAACAAGCGUGAUAUGGGAUAUAUCGUUCACAACAAUACUAGUAAAAAUUUUACCUUGAAUAAAAACGUUUCUAUACUUAAGAAAAUAGAUCACAAUGACUCUCUUAUAUCAGAUAACUCUAGCACAACUAUUAAAAAUAUUACAGAAAGUUCUUUUAACAAUUCUAUUGAAGAGAUAAAGCAAUAUGAUAUUAAAUUGCCAAAUAUUUCCGGACAUUUGCCGCAAAUUUGGUUUUUUUACGACAUAUCCAACUAUCCUGAUGAUAGUAGUCCGUCUUUUUUGCUGCCAAAAUUAUAUCUUCAGUCAAGUGAAGCAUCGAAAAAUAUUGUAGCAAAUUCGAAGAAAUCUAAUUACCUGUCAUUAAGUCCUGAUGGUCUUUUUAUAGCAGCGUCUUCACGACACCAUCCAUUUCUAGCUCAACUAUUUUCCUCGAGUUGUCAUAGGCUCAGUCCAAAAUACGCUAUAAAAGAUACACUUUUCAGUCAAUGCUCUGGAUUUUUAAGAGACGAUAUUUAUUGUGAAAAUAUUCGAUUAAUUUAUAAUGCUAUUUGAGGUACUUUUAUUUAAUGUUAUUUUAUUGUUGAUUAUGUUUUCGUUUGUAAAUUGUUAUGGAAUUUUGUGUCUUUAAAAUAAAGUUUUCUACUCCACAAUUCAA